UCCCUUGCGGCUCAGCUCUAUCUAACUGUCUCUACCUUCUAGCUAACGUUGAACCUCAUAAUAAUCUGAUUAAGGAGCGACGCCGCUUCGCUGAGAAUCUCUCCACAAAGAUUACUAAAUACUCAGCCUCUCUGUCGAGAUGAUGUGCGACACCACGAACCGGAGCUUUCGGGCGCAGCUAGCCGCCGUCCUGGACAAGCUAACGAAGGCUGCUCUGGUGGAGAUAGGCAGCCUGGCUGAUGAAUGCUCCUCCGUCCUUCACACCGAGAUCUCGCUGCACAAGACAGAGAACGAGGCGCUGAAGAAGAGGUGUUACCUGCUGGAGGUCCAGCUGAGAGCGGCCAGGGAGCAGCACACCUACCCGGGACAUGUCAACAGUAUCAGCCGCAGACACCCAGCAGAACAGCAGCAGCCUGCUCCAGCCAUCGAUGGAGUUUUUGGGAAGGACUGGUGCAUGGAUCUGUGGAGAGAAGAGAAACUCCCCUCUCAAAGGAAAGAGACGGUGGAGCCUGCUGCUAUGACGAGCAUGGGGCCGCAGGCAAUAGACCUAAUGGAGAGAGAGCCUGAUCUCAUCUUUGUCAAGGAGGAGAUAUAUGAUGACCAUCCUAUUGGCCAGCACAUGAGGCUCACAGAUAACAGAAAAAUUGUUGGGAUUUUUGACGAGGACAGCAUGCUUCACAGAUCUGUCGAUGAGCUGCAGCUUCACUCCGGGGAGUUAAAUAACUUCCCCAUGACGGCCGACAGUCAAGCACUACAACGCACUCAGCCAACAAUUAUGGACAAGCUGAUAGACGACGCAACAAUGAGCACUCUGGUUGACAACACACAUCCUCCCUCAGUCACCGCCGACUACUCUACAGACUACACGAACAGUAUGCACAUGAAUGCAACCAAAGAACUCAUGAUUCAGUCAAAAACUGUGAAGCCGAUUAAGCGGUUCGAGUGCUUAUUCUGUGGGAAACUAUUCAACUAUUUGAGCAGUUUGAAAGUCCACAUCCGGCGACACUCUGGCGAGAAGCCGUUCAGUUGCACGGUCUGCGGGAAGCGGUUUGCUCAGAAAACGUACCUGAAGCUGCACCAGCGCGUGCACUCGGGGGAGAAGCCCUACAGCUGUCCAGACUGUGGCAAGAGCUUCUCCCAGAAGAGCUCUCUAAACAUACAUCUGCGAACACACACUGGCGAAAAGCCUUACAGCUGUGUGGAUUGUGGGAAAUGUUAUGCAUACAAGUAUGGUUUAAAUCACCACCAGUGUUUCAAUUGACUGAUCAAACCGCACGUCUAACUCUGAUCUGCUACUUCUACUGAAGUGCUCUCUGUAUUACUCAAAGUGUUACAACGUGUCUAUACGAAACUCAAGAUUUGAAAUACUCCCAUCUUUGUCAAAGAAAGGCUUAUUUUAUAGCCUGUAUGGUUAACGGUGCUGCUGUAAAAUCUUAGUUUGUUUGAUGUGUUUUUAGCUUUAUUGCUAAGAGAAAUGCUGCAGCAGCCAAACAAGGGUACAGAGAAUAUUACGUCCUUUGUAGUCUACUAUUUGAAUUGCUGGGAUUCAGUUUAUUUAGGGGGUUCAUUGUUAAAUUUGUGAUGCCCUCAACAAGCCUUUAAAAAGGUACAGUAUGUAGGAUUUGGGGACAUCUAGUGGUGUGGUUGCAGAUUGCAACCAACUGAAUACCCCUCCCCUCACUGAGACUGUGGUAAUGUGAGCCGCCGAGUGCAAAACCGCGGUAACGCCGUUCGCCUUGCUCAGAGGUCGUCACCAUAAUAACACUACUUUAGGGCCCAGAUACACCAACCCGACAUCAAAGAACAAGCGGCGACAAAGGCCACCAGUUACGUUACCUCACGUCGCUUUUGUUUUGGCCAAAAAGUUGCACUGGAACACACCACAAAGACUAAAGCCGACAGCCAACUACUACGUACAUUCAAUGUCUGCGUGAGAUGAAAUAGCUCUCCAUACCAGCAGGCGGCGGUAGUACAUGAAACAAAGCAGCGUCUGUCGACCAGAUGGCCAUGUCACUGUGAAAAUAUCCAUAUAUUAGGAUGAU